AUGGAGAACUGUCCAAAUGACACUCUGAAUUCUUAUUGUAAGGGAGGAAAGUUCUGUAUCAAGAAAUUGUACAAGGCUGCAAGACCUCGGUACCAGAAGUGCAACUGGAAGAGAUUAGUGACUACCUCAAAAGCAAUACCAACACAUCAAUUCAUUCUUUGGUUGGCACUGCACAGAAGAUUAACUACUGUUGAAAGACUACAAAAAUGGGGUAUAACAGUUGACAAAGAUUGUGUACUAUGCAGCAGGAGCAAUGAGGAAACAUUUGAGCAUCUACUGUUCGAGUGCACAUGCUCCAGAAAUAUGUGGAAUGCAAUGCUGAACUGGAUAGAAAUGCAACAUCAGAUAGGGAGCUGGGAUGAGGAAAUAGAAUGGAUAACAAAAGUGGUGGUGAAUAGAACAAAGGGUGAAAUACUAGUGUUUCUGUUUACAGCAAUGGUAUAUCAGAUAUGGAAGGAAAGGAACAAUAUAAGAUUUCAAGGAAUUGAGACAACAUAUAACAAAAGGAUAAAAGAGAUUGUCCUAAUGUUGCAUAUACAAGGACAGCAAAUUCAUAAAUGGAGGAAAGAGUUAGAAAAACUGAAUAGUUAUCCUAGCUAG